UGUUGAAAAUUCAGUAUCGCUCAGCCACACCGCGAGUCUGAUCACGUGACACGAAAGGCAGUAAGAGGGAGGAAAGAGAAAGUGUACACUGGUAGUGAAGACACCGAGGGGUAAACAUGACAGACGAGUAGACUCAUCUGAAUGAGAACAACAGCUUCAGCCUAGUGAUUCUGCUUGAGUUCAAAGCAAGUCUACAGAGUUCGAGCCUCAUCCGGGCCUGUGGUUGUAAAACUCCCGGUUGCUCCCCCAGGCUCUGAGCACCUGAUUUAUCUCAGAAUGUUGGGGAGUCGAAAGCGGAAUUGUUGGGCUUUGCCUCCCAUUUGUCAUUUCCGACACGGAGAACUACUCAUCUAAUGGGACUUCCUACAUUUUCUUUCUCUUGCAUCUCAUUCACUCUCAGUUUAUUAAUAAGAGAAAGGAAAGCCGGUCAUUCAGUGUACUGUCCACCAUACAAACGUUUCUGAAAGUUCAAACAGUACAGUACAGUCUUUACAAACUUCCUCUGAAACAUCAUCACCUGUGCACGUGCUUCAGUCUUUGGUGCCAGAAAUGGCGAUAGAAGGUGCUGAUGGCGAUGCCGUGUCUAAGAAAGGCAGAGACCACCUCUCAGAUGCUCAGGACAAGGGAGAACGACGCCGGGGUCUUGAUGGCAGCGAGACAGACCCCACCAGGAACGGCGUGAACCAGGCAGAGAAGCUUCGGCGACCCCAGCUUCAGAAGUUCUCGGUGAUGAGAGGAUUAAGGACUAGGCCUUUACAGCAAUGGAGGAAGCUAGAACACUGCUACAAGCUUCCAAUGGGAAUAGACUACAAACCGAAACCCUACGUACUCAAGCCAUACAAACCAACCGAGACUGAGACCAAGGUGAGACUGAUGCCGUUCAGACCAAUCGACGUGACGCCAAGGAUCAGACCGUACAAGACACGUGGUGACUACGUUCUGACGAGUGACAACCAUUGGUAUGCAUUUCCACGGGAGGAUUCUAGACAUACGACAAUUUUUGACUACAUUCAGAGAUCUUCUGUGCCCAAAGAAAAGCCCAAGAGUCGCCCACCUGUGCCGGUGUCCAAGGCAACCAAGCCUAAAAAGGCGCCGAACACGAACGGCUUGUACGUUGCACGGGAGUACAAGUACCGAGAGUACCAGCCAACGACUGUGAGGUCAGAGUUUAAAUACUACCGCGGCCACACCUACGACUACGUCCUGGUGUACGUUGGGCCGCCUGCACCUCCGGGGUACACGAUUGUGAAGCAAAAGCAAUGGGGAUCUGCCGCUUCUAAAAAGACGGCAUACAAACCAACACCACUGCUUCCCACAAACAAGAAGGAAAUGGAAAAGGUAGAGACCGUAGAGGAGGUGGUAGACUCUGUAGAAGCGGAGAAAGUUGUCGAAGAAAGAAGGGACAUAACUCCAACAUUGCCUGUCACGUCUGCGACUCCAGCAGCUCUAGGAGCUGCCUCCCUUGAGCCGCAAGCCGCAGCUCCGCUUCCUCAGCAGCACCCACCUGCAGCAGCGGUUCCUGUGCAGGCACCUUCACGCAUCGCUCCAGUUCUUGCCGCAGGUGCUGUAGGUGCAGCUGCGACAGCAGCCGUGGUAGCAGGCACGACGAAGCCUGCUAAAGCUGUGGCUGCAGCACCUCCGCCUUUGAAACCGUCUACAGUCGCCCCAGCCCCAGCCCCAGCCCCAGCCCCAGUCACAGCCCCAGUCGCCCCAGCCUCAGUUGCCCCAGCUCCUGUGGCACCUGCACCAGCUGCGCCAGCUGCACCGGUGGUGCCUGUGGUAGUAGCUGCUGUAUCAGCUCCUGCUACUGCUGCAACUGCAAAAUCACAGCCUCCUGCUUUGGCCGCGCCUCCUCCUGAAGUAUCUGGAGCUUUGGGGUCCAUCAUGCGCAGUUUACAGAUCCUGGCUUAACUGACUUCCGUGACUGGGACUCCAGGUCGCAAUUCAUGUCGAGACUGUAACCUAAGCCAGUAAUUAGCCCCGUGUACCUCAAACCUGUAGACUCAGUGUAGAGGAACUGCAGGCUCAGCAUCCAUUGAAACCCUGUCCACAUCAAGCAGCGUGCGUGCAUGCGUGCGUGUGUGUGUGGUGCUGUGCAGACAAUCUACCCUGUAUUUCAGGGGUGGGAAAACUACGGUUUGCCAAAAUGGGAAGUGCACUUGCUUUAAUUUUUUUUAUUAUUCAGCCCAGGUUAAUUUGAUUUAAAUUUAAUUUAUUAAGUACAACCACGUUAGAAAUGGACAUUCUAACACAGACAAGGUACAAAGAUGACAAAGAAUACCGCUGAUGGAGUCGUUAGAUAGCUGUCUUCAAAGGCGGGUUUUAUUGUUUUAUUGUGAGCGAAUUCAAACAGUUUCACUUUACACAAUAAAUUCGAUGAUAAAGUGAAGGCCAUUAUGUACUCAUUUGUUGUCCAUUCCAUUAUCAUAAGGUUUGUUGUGUAGUCGCCUGGUCACCUUUGGGUCUUUCACCGGCCCGCCACACAGUUUUGAGACCGGCCCACAAAAGGAAAACGUUGCCCACCCCUGGUCUAGGUGUUGUCGCUUUGCCACCUGGUGGCUCUGCUGAUGUCUCUGUCCCGACGAUGUCAGACAAAGGCUGUGGACUGUUGGAAAACAGACUUACAUAUUGCUGUUUGCUCUCCUCUCUAAACUACUUCGCUCUCUGUUAAAGGAAACAUUGCUGUUGUUACUCUCAUUCGAAAAAUCAUUUCAGUCACAUAGUCACUAGCUUUUCUAGUGAGAUAAAAGUUGUUUUGAUCAUCAACUUAGGUGUCAGCCUGUCACAUGUACACUUCUUCUCAAAAUAAUUUUACAACGAAAGGACAUUUUUGUUAUUGCUAUCUCAAGCUUUCAUGUCGGUAAUAAUUUUUUUUUAAAUUUUGGUCACCUUGUGGUAUAAGAAUGUUCCCAUGGGUAAUGGUUUCUAGGCAAAAAAAUCGCUUCUUGAACCUGAGCGAUGUUUCUUCAUUUGACUCAAAGACAUGCAUGGAUUUGCUGAACUGAGCCACACAAGCUGGUACAAAUACUACUGGCGCAGUGGAACUCUCCAGUGUGAGAGAAAACUCUUCUCCUGUUUUCCUUGACUAUUAAGCAAAAUUAUGUACUCAUAUUUUAGGAUUGAUUACUUUCAAAUGAACUUAACCCGAUCAUAAAGAAAAAAAUGUUGCAUCUUGUUGCCCUUUUUCAGCAUUUGUUGCAAAUGAUACGUUAAAGACCAGCCUGAAUGGCUUUCGGGUUUGUUUUUGUUUGUUUUUUUCAACGAUCAGUAGACGGCCGGCAAUGUUUGUGAAUGGUGAACCAACGUGACGUAGUACACUGCCAGCGACAAUUUUACAGGUUAGGUUUACAUCGCCUACAUCUACCGACAUCUGCAAACAACGCAAACCAUUCAGGUUGGUCUUUAAGCUCUUACUUCUCGUCGUACUAGGUGGUACAGAAAGCAUCCACUACAUAACUCAGUGUUUGUCUGUCAGCAGCAAGUUAAGUGUUGUUCAAAGUCUGUUUCUGGUCCUUUAUUUCUCUCUUUAAUGACCUCUGCCAUGUUUAUUUUGGCCGAUCACGUUUCCUCUUGCCAUCAGCUGUCCUUGUUGUUUCUAAUCGCCCCCAGUGGAGCAUAGGGCCUCUAUUUUGGUUGGUGCCUCUGGUUUUAUUCUGCACACACGCCCUCGCCCUCUCCACCUUCUCUUUUUGGAUUAUGUUCGUCACUUUUGUGCAGCUGGCUCUUGAAGGAAUUUUUACAUUAGUGUUUGGCCAGAAUAUCUUAAAAACUUUCCCCACACUUUGGGUGUCGAAGGUCCCUAGUUUUAAGAUGCUCUUACCUGCGGAGGAAAACAUAACAACGGCUGCACAUGUGACAGCUGCACUUGCUUUGAUUACUAAUUGUUCUGCUUGCAAAUAUAAUGCAUAAACCUCUCUCUAAUAAUCUUUGUCAUUACAGAUUACCUUUAAUACAUUUUUAUUACUGCAUUAAACUUAUGUUUCAUCACUAAAAUUUAAACUAAUCACAGAAAUUGUAACAGAAAUAGAGUUGUCAGAAUCUGUUGGAAUGCAAGUGC